CGGGGAGGGAGCGCAGCCCGCGCUCCGCCGCGCCCCAGCCUCCCGCUCCGCGCUGCCGCUGCCCGGAGAAGGCGGCGGUGGCGGCGGCGCUGGAGCCUGCAGCAGCCCCUCUCCUCCCUCCUCCAUUGAGUGUGCCAAACAGCAGCUCUGCAUCCUAAAGAAGAUCAUUGAGGGGCUCAUUGCAUUCCCAGCACGUUUCAGGCUUGCUUCUUUUUUUUUUUUUUUUUUUUUUUUUCCCUGCCUUUUUUUUUUUUUUUUUCCCUUUUGCCUCAGCUUCAGCAGGAGUAGAGAGACAGGGAGAGAGAGCCACAGAGAGGGAGAGGCAGAGAGAAACCAGCAAUCUUUAAACUCGAGCUUUUUUUUUUCCCCCCUUCCCCUCUUUUGCUUUUUUGCUAUUGUAACGAUGUGCUAAAAUCUCUCCUGCAAACCGGUAAGUACAACCUUUCUGGAUCCUUUUGUUUCCGCCUAGGGUCAAAGACACCCCCCUCUUCCAAAAAGAAGAUAUAAUAAUCCUCUUUAUUUAUUUUUUUAUUUUUUAUUACAGCCCUUGCAGAAGAGAAAGAACUUAAUAUUUUGCAAAGGAGACAGAGAGACUGAUACUGCAAUAUAGCUCUCAUCUCUCUCCCUUCUCCCCAAUUAGAUGCUGGUUUUAAUUGCAGAGGGUAUUUCUCUUUUCGUGCUUUCAACCAUCUCCUCUUUCCCACAGGGGAGGGUUUCAUUUGCAAGUUGAUCCUAAGGAUUUCUGUUCCUCUGGCAUUUCUCUCCCCUAAAUGCAUCCUUCUGCUCUUAAGUUUGUGGAUGGGGGGCAAAUUUUUCUAGUUCUUACACGAGGAAGGCAAAAAGGACCUUUUCUAUUGAGAGAUUAAGACUAAAAGCGACGAUCGCUCCGAACGGUUCUAAUGGGCAUUUCAGGGAUUCAAGGAAGGCUGCAUCACCGCCGUUAUUAUUACCAUCCUUAGCGUUCCUCUGUGCCCAUACAUUUAAAAUAUCUGGUGGAAGGAAGGGUGAAACCAUAUGUUGAAGGAGCUGCAUCUCAUUAGUGCAGCGUUAUUUUCAUCUGAUUGGAGAAGAAUGGUGUCUUCAUUCGGGAACGUAUAUAGUAGGAUAGCAAAUUUAUCGGCUGGUAAGUGUCAAGGUUUUGUGGUUUGUUUUUUUUUUUUUCCUCCACUUUUAGCUUUUUAACCGGGUCUCCUGCUUGGUCCUGGGGGCACAAAAUGCCCUAAUCCAAGGCAGGCUGAGCGUUUCAAUCCUAGGUGCCUCUUUAGCUGUCACUUCCCUUUAGAUCUGCUGAUCGCAUGGGCAUGUGCUUUAGAAAGAUUAAUCAUCUCUAAAUGCUUUAAUCAGCUAAAAUGACUAAUAUGUGGUGUGUAUUUAUCUGAUAAUAUACCAGUUGCAUUAAUUCACCGGCGCAUUUGCGAGGGGAAGCUUCCCUUUCGCAUCAGGGAGGGCUGUUAACCAUUUACUCUGGUGAAGAUGCUGUGGGGAUUUCUGAGGGGGAACCGUUCUGCCAGGGACAUCAGCAAACCCUGCACACUCCAUGCAACUUACGUGUGGAAUACAUUGAGCCGGGAGGGAGAGGGAUUCGAGGGCUGAGGCUCAAUAACUUUGGGAGUUUGCAUGGCUGCAGGAUGGAGUGCGACACUGGAGAAAUCUGCCCACCGGUGUUUCACUCCCCCCCCCGUAGCCGAUGGGGGCUGUGAUGGCCACAAAGCACCCAAGUGUGAGAUCUGUGGAGUUGCAAACGCUGGUCCUACGGUGGAAAUCGUGUAGAGAGAUGCAACACGUCCAUCCCGAGCGUGCUCGUGUUGCUGUGUGGGGCUGCAUGUGCUGUCCUCUUUAUAGGUGGCAUUUACCACGGGGAGGGGGAGAAGGGAGGCUGCUAUCGCGUGAUGGAACCGUCUACCAUCUCUUAAGUAUAAAUCAGGGCAAGGCUCGCCCAUCCCACACCCCUGGAGUUGGUUGUGAACGUCUGCCCAACAAUUGCUGAACUUUCCAAGAGCCUAACGCGAGUCUGGCAGGUAAGGGGCUUAAGUAAAAGGAGUGGGGCAGGGCAGAAACACUGAAAUCUGCAUUUUUCUUCCCGUUGCAGUUUUGUAAACACCAAGAAAUGAUGAAACCUUCCACGGCAGAGACGCUUCAUAAAGGAAGGAUGUUGUGGAUAAUUCUUCUAAGCACAAUUGCUCUAGCAUGGACUACACCUAUUCCCUUGAUAGAGGACUCGGAGGAACUGGAUGAGCCCUGCUUUGAUCCAUGUUACUGUGAAGUGAAGGAGAGCCUUUUCCAUAUACAUUGUGACAACAAAGGAUUUAUAAAUAUUAGUCAGAUAACAGAGUCAUGGUCGAGACCUUUUAAACUUUAUCUGCAGAGGAAUUCCAUGAGGAAAUUGUACACCAACAGUUUUCUUCACUUGAACAAUGCUGUGUCUAUUAACCUUGGGAACAACGCACUGCAGGACAUUCAGACGGGGGCUUUUAAUGGGCUCCGAGUUCUGAAGAGGUUGUAUUUGCACGAAAACAAAUUGGACAUUUUCAGGAACGACACUUUCCUGGGUUUGGAAAGUCUGGAAUAUCUGCAGGCAGAUUACAAUGUCAUUAAACGGAUUGAAAGCGGGGCAUUUCGAAACCUGAGUAAAUUGAGGGUCCUUAUCCUAAACGACAAUCUCAUCCCCAUGCUUCCCACCAAUUUAUUUAAGUCUGUGUCCUUAACCCACUUGGACUUGCGCGGGAACCGGCUGAAAGUCCUUUCCUACCGCGGGAUGUUGGACCAUAUUGGCAGGAGCCUGAUGGAGAUCCAGCUGGAGGAGAACCCGUGGAACUGUACGUGUGAGAUCGUGCAGCUGAAGAGCUGGUUGGAGCGCAUCCCCUACACUGCCCUGGUGGGGGACAUCACCUGCGAGACCCCCUUCCACUUCCACGGGAAGGACCUGAGGGAAAUCAAGAGAAGCAAGCUGUGUCCCAUGCUGUCCGACUCCGAGGUGGAAGCCAGCCUGGGCAUCCCUCAGCUGUCGUCCAGCAAGGAGAACGCGUGGCCUACGAAGCCUUCCUCCAUGCUGUCCUCCUUCCAUUUCACCGCCUCCUCUGUUGAGUACAAAACCUCCAACAAGCAGCCCAAGCCCACCAAGCAGCCCAGGGCGCCCCGGCCUCCCCCGACCCCCCGCGGCCUGUACCCUGGGCCCAACCAACCCCCCGUGGCUGCCUACCAGACCCGGCCCCCCAUCCCCAUCAUCUGCCCCACCGGCUGCUCUUGCAGUUUGCACAUCAACGACCUGGGCCUGACGGUCAACUGCAAGGAGCGAGGGUUCCACAACAUCUCCGAGCUCCUGCCCAGGCCCUUGAACGCCAAGAAGCUGUACCUGAACGGGAAUUUGAUCCAGAAAAUCUACCGCUCCGAUUUCUGGAAUUUUUCCUCCUUGGAUCUCUUACACCUGGGGAACAACCGGAUCUCCUACGUGCAGGACGGGGCGUUCAUCAACCUGCCCAACCUCAAGAGCCUGUACCUGAACGGGAACGACAUCGAGCGGCUCACCCCGGGCAUGUUCCGGGGCCUGCAGAGUUUGCAUUACCUGUACUUCGAGUACAACCUGAUCAGGGAAAUCCAGCCGGCGGCCUUCAGCCUCAUGCCCAACCUGAAGCUCCUCUUCCUCAACGACAACCUGCUCCGCACGCUGCCCACCGACGCCUUCGCCGGCACCUCCCUGGCGCGCCUCAACCUGCGCAACAACCACUUCCUGGCGCUGCCGGUGGCCGGGGUGCUGGAGCACCUGCACGCCAUCGUGCAGAUCGACCUGAAGCUCAACCCCUGGGACUGCACCUGCGAGCUGGUGCCGCUCAAGCAGUGGCUGGAGGGGCUCAGCUCGGUCAGCGUGGUGGGCGAGGUGCUGUGCUUCACCCCCGAGCCGCUGGCCCGCCGCGACCUGCGCUCCCUGGAGCUGGCCGCGCUGUGCCCCGCCGCCCUGCGCCCGCCGCCGCCGCCGCCUGCCCGCCCCCGCCGCCCUCUCGCCGCCGCGGCCACCGGCGCGGCCGCCUACGAGCUGCCCGCGGCCGCCGCCGCCGUGCCGCUGUCCGUGCUCAUCCUCAGCCUGCUCGUCCUCUUCUUCUCCGCCGUGCUGGUGGCCGCCGGGCUCUUCGCCUUCGUGCCGCGGCGCCGCCGGAGGAAGCUGCCGUUCCGCGGCCCGCGGGCGGAGGCGGCGGACCUGGGCGCGGUGCCGCUGCGCUGCCCGAGGCUCUUCCGAGGCGGCGGCGGCGGCGGCGGCGGCGGGGGCGGGGGGGCACCGGAGCGGUCCCCGGAGAAGGCGCCCCCGGCGGGCCACGUCUACGACUACAUCCCGCACCCGGUGACCCAGAUGUGCAACAACCCCAUCUACAAGCCGCGGGAGGAGGAGGAGGCGGCGGGCGGCGGCGGCGGUGGCGGCGGUGGAGGUGGAGGGGAGCCGGCCGAGCUGCUGCGGGGCGGCGGCGAGCGCGGCUUCGCCCACCCCGCCGCCCCCGCCGCCGCGCCGGAGCCCGGCAGCAGCUACCGCACCUUGCUGGAGAAGGAGCAGGAGUGGAGCCUGGCCGUGUCCAGCUCGCAGCUCAACACCAUCGUGGCCGUGCACCCCCAGCACCCCGCGGGCGGAGGGCUGGCGGCGGGCGCGCUCGGGGCGGCGGCGGCGGGGGGAGCCCCGCGGGACCGCGACCGCCCGCCGCCCUGCGCCGUGGGCUUCGUGGACUGCCUGUACGGCACCGUGCCCAAGCUGAAGGAACUGCACGUCCACCCCCCCGGCAUGCAAUACCCGGACCUGCAGCAGGACGCCAGGCUGAAGGAGACGCUCCUCUUCGCGGCCGGCAAGGGCUUCCCGGACCACCAAACCCCCACAAGCGAAUACCUCGAGUUAAGGGCCAAACUCCAAACCAAGCCGGAUUACCUCGAAGUCCUGGAGAAGACCACGUACCGGUUCUGACCGCCGCCCCGCCGCCCGCCCGGCCCCGCCGCCCGCGGGCAGAGGAUACAGCUGUGCGCUCUGCCCUGCCAGAUGUGCGCGCUGCGGGGCAGGGCCCUUCUCAGAUCAGUAAUCGACGAAGUGCCUUCGCAGACUUUUGCCAGCAGAUGUUAAUCAAUCAUUAUUUUUUAUACUGAAACUGAGACUUUGACUGUGCCAUGUCAUAAAGGUAUAUUAUUAUUAUUAUUAUUAUAUUAUUAUUAUGGGGGAUCUUUGUAUUGAUCCUGAUUAAGUAAAUUCUAUGUGUGUGUCUCUCUUUUUUCUUUUUCUUUAUCUUUUUUCUUUGUUUUUCUUUAUUCUUGUCCUUUGUUUUGUUUGUUGGCUUUUUUUUUUUCUUUUUUUAUUUCCGUUGCGAGUAAACUUCCUUGAUAUUUUCCCUUGGAGGGGAGGGGGAGGGAAGAUGGCAUUUUGUGGCUUGCUUUCUUCUUGCCCAUCAUGGCACAGAUUCUGUACAUUUAUUUAAAAGAAAACAAAAAUGCAAAGAAGCAAACGAGAGCGGUUUGCUGCAUGCCUGGAAACUGCAAGAGGGGAAGGGAGGGGAGGGUCUUGCUCGAAUGUCUCACUCUUGUCUCUCUCCCUCCCUCGCACGCACACUCACCCUCACCCUCCCCGCCACCCCGGCCCCUCCGCGCAGGGCGGCAGCGGGGCCCGGGGGCCGCGGGGGGAAUCCCGUGGGCUGGGGGGAACUCCCCCCCGUCCUCCCCGGAGCCGAGCAGCCCAAAGGAUGUCACCACGUGGCGCACACACCUAGGGGAUGCUCAGUGACACUUCAUCAUGACGCCAUGGUUUUUUGGAGGACAUCCGCACUUUCCUAAUAAAAGCAACAUGCAAAUAUACAGAAAAAAAGGGAAAAAAAAAAAAAAAAAAAGCUACUGGGCACCUCUCACUAACAGCUUUGUAGGAAGCACUUUUAAUGUUUUCUCUCAUGCACACAUACACGCACACACACACACACACACAAAGGUACAACAAUGUGCAUAUAUUUAUUCUGUAAUUUCAAGUGAAUAUAAAUUGUAAAGGUAAUGUUUAAUCAUUGUACAGUGAUGCGUCUGGUAUAGCUUUCCUAAUAAAACGUUUUGAAAAACAAUGCAUAUAUAUAUAUAUAUAUAUACAACCCCAAAUAUAUAUAUAUAUAUAGGAAUACAAAGCUUGAACCUGAAACUUCAGCUUCCCCCACGGAGAUUUCCUUCCCUCCCAUAACCUUGAACGCUAUUUUAUUAAUAACAGUUCGAUGCACUGUGAUGUUAACAGAGAAAAAAAAAAAACCUGUACAGCGUCUCUUGCCAAGAUACCACCCGAGACUGUCACAAAUCCGAUUUGCGAUCUGUAUCCCUGCUGUGCUGUGCUGAUAGUUAAAAAUACCGGGAAAACUGGGAGCGCAUCCCUCCGGAGCGCUGGCUCCCGGCCUGCUGGAGGCACCGAGGCUUCGCUGGGGUGUCCCCGCAGUCCGUGCGGGGCUGAGCGGUCAAAACGCGCAGGAGAGGGGGGGUGAAUUAAACCGCAAAUUCCAGUUUGGAAUGGGGCGGUGCGAUCUGGAAAGGCAGCGUCCCUCCCCGCUCCCGCCUCAAGCGGAGCGAGACCAAAGACGAUCGGGUUGCCCUGGCCCCGGGGCAGGUCCCGGGUGGUAUCUUGCCGCCGUUGGUGUGUCUGUUGUCCCCGGUGUCCCCACCCCGUGUCGCCGCCGGUGCGCGUCCCCGCGCGGCCGCCAGGUGGCACCGCCGCUCCAGCGCUGGGGCGGCCGCGGGAGCGCGCACGGAGCCGCUCCCGGGGCCGCCUCUGGAGCCGCUCCUGCAUCCCCGGCCCCUCUCCUGCCAUCCCACCCCGCCCCGCUGAAUGUACCCCCGGGCGCCUUAUUCCGGGGCGGGGCACAGCCCGUAGCUCCUCAAGUCCUUCAAAUAGCGAUUUUUAUACAGAAGUAUCCAACCUGUUUCAUAAAUAUAAUUUGCCUGAGCAGCGGUCCAGGGUGAUGUAUCCGGGUGUAUGGAGGUUAUUCCCCCCGCUGAGCUCCAAAGGUGCUGCCCGGAGCGCUCCUGCCGCUGUCCUGAGGGGAACGGGAUUUGUCAUCUCCCCCUCCUUCCUCCCCCCCUCCCAAGGUCACUCUCCCGACCAUCCACCCUCCUCCCUCUGGGGAACAGCUCGGUUUCACCCUGCACAAUGCGUUUUAGCAGAGAUAAACCCAUUAAUACUUGUUUUCCCCCCCAGUGUCGCUAUUUACAGCUCCAGCCAGGAUGCUCCUGGUAGGCUUUUUGGGUCCAUCUGUCUUGGAGAGUCAUGGUAGUAGCUGUGGGAGUCUGGAGACAGAGGGACAGCUCCAAACGUCUGUAAACCCAGCAUCACCUCCAUUACAUCAGUAAAAAAUGUUACCCAUCCGAAUUUCUUCUGUUGAGUUGAUACUGUGUUUUAUCACUGCUGCCUUCAGCUCUAACCCCUUGGGGUUGGUUCAUUUGUUCUCUUUGUUGCUUGUUUUUUUUUUGUUUGCUUUUUUUUUUUUAAUGGAUGAUAGAAGAGCAUGCACAUGCUAAAAGUAUGAACCAUGCAAGUGCAAAGGCCAGAUCCUCCUCAUCAUAAUUGUAAUAAUUACAUCGAUGAGCCUACAUGCAAGUAACACGUGGAGCUGUAUAAAUCAGGUUAAAGUACAACCCCCAGUGAGAGUGGUGCUGUAAACAUUUGGCAAUGUCACCAAACCCCCAAGUGUUCAUACUUGUAUCCAAACAGAGUAAAGCCUGUUGCAAAUAAUGUUUAUAUUUUAAUUAAACUGCAGAAAGGCAAGAGAAUUUCAAGGUAACUAUAGGCAGUAAUCUCGCCCGCGGACGGUGAGCAGAUCUAUUUAUUCAGUGGAAAAUAAAUUUGUUCUAUGAGAAUGGAAUUUUGUAUUAAAAGAGAUAAUUUUUGGCUUAUGCUGAGUUAUUUUUCUUUCCUUGCGUAGGAAACUUCCUUUUCCCUGUGCACUGAGAUGAUUUGGGGACGAGUUGCUCUGGAAGUGUUGACAGUAUUUUAAAGAGACGAUUCGCUUUGGAAUUGCUGACAGUAUUUAAGUGUGAUGUCUAAAGGGUGUUUUGAUGACUUUUAUUUUGCUGUUUCAUUGUGCUGAGCUGAGGGUUGAGGGGGUGGCAGCAGUGCUUCCCACUGCAGGAAACUAAAGUGGAUCCCUCACCUCUGAUCUGUGAUAGGUGACUCUUCACAUGCUUCAGCCUGGGUUACACCUAAUUAUUAGGGAGUAUUAAUGCUAAUUAUAUCAUUAUCAGCAGUAUUCUUGGUAGCAUUCAUGAUGCUGGGAAGGAAUCAAAUAAAGUCAAAGUGAUCUGCAGUUACAUUAGAGCUGUUUGAUGGGAUACUAUUUUAAAUAAAUAUUUUUUUAGCUUAUUUCACUGCUGUAAAAGUACCUGGUGUUGGCCUGAGCAGUUCAGCCUCUGGGGGUGCUGGUAGCAAAGUUUUCAGCAUGUGUUUGGUCUGUUCACUCAUUGACUAUAUUGAAAUUCUUCCUACAGGUGGAAAAGAACAGCAAGGCCAGGUAAGUUCCCAGUCAAUAACAGCUGCACACAGGGAAAUGGAAAGGAUGGUGCUCAGUUAUUGGUGCUCUUUUGUAUUUCCUGGAUAUUGUCAUUGAUGUCACGGUCACACUGUGCCCUGGGUUAAAAGAUUUGCUUGGAAAUUGCUUCAUGGAUCUCUUGGGUGUAUCAACAGUGAGAGAAAGUUGUUCAUUGUUACGGUAUGAGUAAUAAUCUGAAUUUUGGGAAGCAAUCCAAUGCCUGUUGCAGGAAGACAGAACCUGAACUGCUCUGGUUAGAUGGGUAUUGAGAGUGAGAACCUCAUUUGUUAUGACAGUCAGCGAAUUUGAGUUAAGCUGUGAUAGCUCAAGAUUUUGUCAGAGACCUUUCCAGGCAAAAUCACUUUUGAGUGUGGCUGAUUUGGUUUUAAGCUCGAAAUGGGUGGUUUUGUUCAGCUGAUGUUCUCUCUGUGAACUUUUCCAGCAGCAGGACAGAAAGGUCUCUACAAAAUGUCAAUCUGCAGUGCUCUACAUUUCUGGAGAACUCAGGUGUGCCAGUGGCACUUCAUGAGCUCUGUGCUGCUUCCACUUGGUUCGAGUAGCUACUCCAGACGAAUGAGACCUGAUGAUUUGGGUUUAGGUGGAACAGAAAUGCUCAUAUGAAAAAAAAAAUGGUGUAGAAUUUGGCUGUAAGUGUGGGAGUUCAUUGCUCAGCUACAUCACUCAACCACAGGGUACGACUCCUGGCAGAGCUCCAGCCACUUAGGUGGGAACUUGUUCCAGGAUUGCACUUCUUCCAGAGGCAUUUGCUUUUACAAUGUGGAUUUAUGUACACUAGGAAAUCAGGCUGCUGUGCACGGCAUAUUCCUAUUUUCCGAGUUUUCCUAGGCUUGAUUCUAAAUCUGGCUUCCUCAUAGCUGGGUUUCGCAGUGAAUUUAUGGAUGGAUGGAUUUAUGAAUGGGUGACACAGUACAACACAGUUGUUCUCCAUGGAAGAAAUGUAAAUCCGCACAAUAUGGAGCUUCACGACAGCUUUUUGUACAAAAAUUGCUGGUUUUUAAUACUGAUAUGAGUGGAAAUGCAGUUCCAUUUUCCAGUUCUUGAAAUAUUGCUGUUUUGAUUGGACAGGUGUAGCUGUGCCCCAGUUUGAAACCUGUUUGAGCUAGUGGAAGAACUGGAAUGUGCCUGGAACAAACCCUUGAGUGGGGAUGGGCUAGAGGCCCAAUUCUGCUCCCUUGGAGCCACUGUUGAAACACCACAUUUUGCUCAGUUUUAGUCAACAGACUUGAGUGAAGAGCAAAAGCUGAUCUCAGAAAAUUACAACACACAUUAAGUGGAUUCAAGUAUGUUGAGACAAGUGCUCCCUGUAACUAUUUCAGAAUAAAAUGAGUCAUGGCACAGAGAAAAUGGGUUUGUAUCAAUUUAGUAAUUUUUCUGAUUGACCUCACUCACAAAUUAAUGCUUUUGAUUUUAAAAUAAGAACAUUUGCAUCAAGACAAAUUAGUUUAGACCUAAUGUCAUUGGUAACCAACUAGCCAAGAAGAUUAUUAAUGUUACAAUUGCAAAUUAUUUGAAAACACUUUAUUAGUAUUACUUUUUACUUUGAAAGCAAGAAUAUUAACUAUUCCAACCCAGGCCAUUCUGUGAUUCUAUGAUUAACAGGCGCUGACAACUUUGUUUCAUAGAAUUAUUCUUAAAAUACCUUUUCCUUCAUCCUUAUAGUUCCCCAGUUGUAAAAGCAGGUGAUUCUCAUUUUUGUUGAGGUUGUUUGGGGCAGUUUGGGGUGUUCCUGAGGAGAGCAUUUGCUUUGCUACACACAGGGUUCCCCCAGGAGGUGAAACUUUCAGGUGAUCUUUGAUCACUGGGACUGUGUUUGGGAAACGCUCCCCUGUGGUGGCACUUUCUGUUAAAUUGGUUGACGCUGUGUUUUUCAGAAUGGUGUCAGGUGGAUCAUUUUUGGGCAAAAAUGACAGGAAAAGGCUCAGAGGAGCAGAGCCACUGGCAUUGCUGUAGGAGUGCUCUGUCCCACAUUCACGCUGGGCAGUCCCUGCAGGGUGGAUGUUGCAUCAACCAUUGUGUUUUUUGAAUGUUAAGGAUGUUCAUCUGAAGUGUGGGGUUAUUUUUAGGCGUCACGAAGAUGUACAUGAUAUACUCAGCUGUUGGGUGCCUGGAAAAGAAUAGAUACAAAUAGAGGGCAUAGCACGACAUAAAAUAUGAAUAACUCGCUGAAUCUUUAAUGUCCAUUUACUUUUUCUAACGUCUUUAUUUCUCUACCAGAAUUUUCUAAGUCUCUCAGAGAUAUCCUAUGAGUCCUGAAGAAAUAUUUUAGGAUAGCCAAGGGUUGAAUCUCUCAGUAUCUGGGAAUUCAAGCAAAGGCCACUUGUUUUUGUGGAGGAAUAUCCUGCCCAUGGCACGUGGCACAGCAAUCUGGCACCUUGCUGUAGCGUGGUGCCAGUGAGGGAGGUUCUCUGCAGCAAGGAGAUUUUCCAGGAGGGCCUGAAUGAUUCCAAACAGGGGUUCCUGAACUGUGAUAAAUCACUGCUGGAAUGGAAAAGACCUGAGAUGUGCUGCUGCUUCUGAUGGCACUGCCAUCCCUGCUGCUGGUGGUGGCACCUGGCACCACUGCCAAGGGGGGGACUCCUGUCACAGAAACCCUAAAAAAAACAACCAAGCAGCCAAAAAAAAAAGCAGAGGAAAUGUUUGGGAGUCUUUGUCCUGCAGGGACCAUCUCAUCUGAAGAUAAUGACUUUCUCCAGAUGUUCCAGUGGCAUUAAUAUACUGUUAUGGGAUUGUUAUGGUUUUUUUCUUUCUUUCCUCAGCUUUGCUUUGCUUUUCCAGAGACAGUACCUGGUUUAGGUGUUAAAGAACUGCAGGAAUGUGUUUGUUGAUAUUUUUUCAGACCAAAAUUGUUUAAAACUAAGUCUGUCACAGCAGACUGUCCUAAACUGAGAUGAGUUUUCUAGAAAGCUACAAAAACCUUUGGUUUUGUAUUCUCCAAGUUAUUAUAUGUGUGUAAAUAUAUAUAUAUAUAUAUAUAUAUAUAUAUAUAAUGUCCAUUAUCUGGAUAACCCUUGAACCGAAGUCUGUCAUUGAGCUUUAGUUUUGCAAAUCAAAGUUAAUUAAUGGUUUGUUUGUUGGUUUUUGGUUUUGUUUUUGUGGGGUUUGUUUGUUUCGAGGUUUUUGUUUGUUUGGGGGUUUUGUUUGGGUUUUUCUUGUUCUGUGAUUGUUUGGUUUGAUUUUAUUCUGAGUAUGACUGGAGAGAGGGAAACAUUGCAAAGUGUGAAAAUUCUCAUGAAGCUAUACUUUUUAAUAGGGCUUCUAAAUGUUAAUAUUUUUCUUUUCUUUGGAGAAGGAAGGAGUUAUGCUCAAAAGAGUACAGGCAUUGCCACUCAGCUUAGAGCUGAAAUGUGUUCACUCUGCCGUGUCCUGAGAGUGCCCAGGACAGUCUUGACUCAAAGGGAGGUGUAAGAAAUUCCCACUAGUGAGAUUCCAGGGUUGGAUUUGUCCAGCUAAUCUGCUCCACCCUGAGAAAUCCGGUCCCUGGGGUGCUGCACCACUGGAGGGACUGGUCCAGUGUGCACAGGGAGCACUUAGAAAAAUCAUGUUGUAGCGUUUUGCUGAAAAAAGGAGCUUUUAAAAAGCUGGGAAUUUAAUAUUUUGUCUCUGUUUUCUUUAGAAAACCCAUCCAGAGUUUUUCUGGUGCUGUUAAACUGCCCUGCAAGGGCACAUCUGAUCAGCUGUCCUCAAAGCACUGCUAAAAUAGAUGUGUAGCUAAUGCAUUUUUCUUAAUUAGAGAGCAAUUUCGUGUGGCAUCACUUCUGUUAUGUUUUCUUGCAGUGAUCCAAAACCCCUGGCUGCUUUGGAAAGUGGAUAGUAUUGGCAAGCAAAGAGAUAUGGCAAGUAAAGAGUGAUGUAUUUGCACCUCAAGACUUCCCUCUGCACCGACUGGAUUGCCCACCUGUAGCCUCCUCCCGAGGUUGGCCCUGGCGGUGCCACGGGCCCCGUGCUCCGCCAGCCCCUCCAAGCCAACCAAAGCCUGCUAAAGCCUUCAGAGCACAAAUCCCCCGGGGCAGAUGGAUCCCAAAGAGCUGCACUUCAGGGACAAAGAGGAGAUGCUCCUAGAAUGAGUUGCUGACAACUCAGAGAAGGGGUAACUGCCUCCCGUGUCGUUACUUCUUCUGGAACGGGGAGAUGGAAUGUUGUGGAAAUGCUGACACUGGGAUUGUACAGUGUAUGCACAUAUCCUGUGUGUGUAUCUAAGUCUGUAUCUAUGCUGUUAAAGUGUAGAAUUGGAUGGCUGGAAAGUUCUGGGGUGAGUGUUCAGGAGCAUGGCUUGCUAUGGACUGUUAUUAAAAUAUGGGCAUUUCGGUAACGAAGCUAAAAAUAGCCACUUUACGACCUACAUUCCCAAUGUAGGUCAGUGGAGGCACUUCUCAGACAUAUUAGCAUUUUGGACACUUAAUCUUAGCAGCAUAUUGCAUCUCCUAGAAUAGGUUAGUAGAGGCAAGGCAGGAGGAAUUGCUGCAUCUCGAGUCGUUCCGAAAGGUUGCCAAAUUUCUCGGGAACCAGAGCGGCAGAAUAAUGAGGAUUAUAUUUAAUUUGGGAUGGAGAGGCAACCGUGGGGUGUUCAGCAGAGGCAGCUGGGAUCAUCUUGGCUCUGUGGGGGAGGGAGAAUUUAUAACUCUAGCUAGCUAAAAAGCAAGCUGUGUGUGCAAUUGUGUGUAUAUAUAUAUAUUUAUAUAUAUGUAUAUACAAAUCUGUGUAUGUGUAUAUAACACCGUGUGUAUAUAUGUACGUAUGUAUAUGCUUAAAAAUGUAUAAAAUGUGUAUCUAUAGAUAUGUAUACAUUUAUAUGAAUUUAUAUUUCUCUAUAUAAAUAGUCAUGCAACUAUGGGAACUCACAGUUCAGUGGUGUGUCCUCUCUCCUUAAAACACAACAAAAAGCUGCUUCCAUUAAUAUCAUAUUGGCACAAGUGUCUUAAGUUUUCUUUUCUCCUUAGAAAAGGAGUGGUGCUUGUGGCUGAGCACAAGCCUGGAAGGGUUUGACACUUCCAGAGGACUCAGAGUAAAUCAUUAUCUGCUCCACAGCUGUUCUGCAUUUGUGACAUAAAGCAGUGGCCAAAAUGACUCAGGGCUGGUUUCAUAGUGGGUUGUUGACUGUUUGGAAGCCUCUGUUAUGCUCAUGGAGUUUUGAUGGUGAAAUGUCUGCACUGAUAAUUAUUCUGAUUGCUGUUAAUGCCCAGCUAAUGCUAAUGGCUUGAAUAGAGGAAAAAGGAUGAAUUUUCUGCUCUAAAGUAAGUUAUCUGAAGUCUGAUUACGUUGAUUCAGUGAUGUAUGGAUUUCCAUUUAGGGGCAGGAUGUUGGGCUGUAAAUCAAGAAUCUUAGCUCAGUGAACAUCUAGUUUGGGAUGUCUUUUAUGUUGUAAUUGAUUUUAAAUCAUUUCAAUUCAUCAUCAGAACAAGCUAUACCUUAAUUCAUGAUAAGCUCAAAGGAUCUCUCAGCUGGAAACCCGUUCAUGUCAGGGUGAAUUUUGCACUUGUCUUCAGUGGGGUUGAAUCAGUUCAGAGAGUUUCAUUCAGCGCUGGCGAAAAAAGCAAUCUGGUAGCUGUGCAACUAUUAAUUCAAACUGUAAUUUUGCAAUAAAAGCAGCCUAAAAAUGA